AUGUCGACCCAAGACUAUGCACCGACUUACUCGACCAACACAAAUGCUUACAACGCAUAUCAGUGGCCGACGGCGAUCAACGGCAUCAAUACGCUGAACACUCUCGGCACGUACAAUCCGUACAACAAUUACGCGACCACGACAACCCCUAUGAACAAUGCUUAUACCGGCUUCAGAGUCGGCGGUGGAAUAUCACCAAUUGGUGAGCUUGAGCAUUUUUUAUGUCUUUCGCAGAGCUUCAUAACGAUAAAGAGACAUCUCAGUACAGAUCUUCAGGCAAGAAUCCGACGAACUGGUAACUACGGAUGUGCCAAACCGCCCUACUCGUAUAUCUCCUUGAUCACAAUGGCUAUUCAGCAUUCGGCCAAUCAUAAAAUGACACUUUCCGAGAUCUAUAAUUGGAUUAUGGAUCUCUUUCCCUAUUACAGGCAGAACCAGCAAAGAUGGCAAAAUUCAAUUCGUCAUUCGCUCUCGUUCAACGACUGCUUUGUGAAAAUUGCCAGAACUCCUGACAAACCUGGAAAAGGAUCAUUUUGGACUCUUCAUGAGUUGUGCGGUAAUAUGUUCGAGAAUGGUUGCUACCUCCGACGCCAAAAGCGUUUCAAGGUCAAGGAGCGAGACCCUCCAAGAAAAAAGGUGCUCUUAGAGGUUCAGGAGAUCAAGGACCCACUUGCACAACCUCAGCAACAGCAGCAGUUGCAGUCGAUUUCACUCUCUACUCCGUCGUCUCUCAGUCAACCGACAUCGGUUAUUUCCACCGUCGGCUCAACCCCACUGGGAUCCCAAACUACCACGGUAACUGAUUUGUUUCUCUGUCCACUUAUGCGUUCGGUCCAACUGUGGUAA